CGCCCCCUCGCCCUCCGCAGCGGGAGCCCAGCGACAGCCGGGGGCACCGUGUGGGCUCGGGGCGCCGCCACGCCGGGGCUGGUGAGGUCUGCGCGGGGGUCCGGGAGCGCCUGCUCGUUGCUCGACCUGAGCCCGGCGGGCGGUGUGGACAGCUGGAGCAGCCCCAGCAGCAGGGAGGACUCGAGCGCGGGCGGCGGCCCGAGCAGCGGCGACACCAUGGAUCUCUCUUUUAUGGCCGCACAGCUGCCCAUGAUGGGAGGCGCGUUCAUGGACUCGCCCAACGAGGACUUCAGCACAGAGUACUCCCUGUUUAACUCUUCCGGCAACGUCCACGCGGCCUCCAAUGGCCAGGGCCAGCUCGAGGAGCCUCCUCGGUCCUCCAAUGACGCCGUCUUGCUGUGGAUUGCCAUCAUAGCCACGCUGGGGAACAUCGUGGUGGUUGGGGUGGUGUACGCCUUCACCUUCUGAGGGGACAGAGUCCCCGGCUGUUCCGGGAUGGCCCCUCUGUGCCCGGCUGAGGCUUCCUUUGUGGCCAUCUUGCUGUUGGCUUUUGGCCCCACCCAGGUUCUAGAACCAGGAGUUCUGACCACUUGAGUGGCCUUUCCGUGGGCAGCCGCCAUGCAUCUGGAAUUUCCCUGCCAGUCCUGAUUUCAAAUAUUCUGGGCCACAGUCAAGUGGAUUCCUGAGUGUGGAAGCCUGGACUCAGCUCCUGGAGACGUGGCAGGACAAGGCCUCCAGAGAACUGGCUGGGGAGUCCUUGAAAUGGUGGUUCCAGACCACGAGACCAGGAGGAACAGCCGGGUGGGGUUAAAAUGUAGACAUGAUUUGGUGAUCGCUUGCUAGCAGUAAAAAUCACUUGUAUGUCUUGGUUUUAUGCAAACUUGUCAAAGUGGUGUGUGGGUACAGGGGCAGGAGCAGCCCUGAGAGCCUUGGGGUUCCUGACCCAAUCUUGGUUUCUUGUCCAGCCCCUUCAAACAUUAAUGGUGAUCUUGGAGGGCCAUAGAGGGUUCCUAGUAAGACUUAGAAGUGACACUUUGUCAUCUGGAUCCCCCUCGGACUCACACACAUCAGGAAACGCAGGGGGAGGGUUACAGUAGUGAGGUUUGUGGGUGGUUGCUAGUGGCCUUUUCUCUGCGGAUGGAUGUGCUGAUCUUUUCAAGAAGAGGAGAAGAUGCCUUCAGCAGUGAGACCUGCCAGCCCCUCUUCAGUCACCCCCUUUUUCUCUGAGGAAUCACAGAACGAGUCUUCACACCCAGUUACUGCAUGGAUGGGAUGUGAGUUGCCUGUGGUCCCAGGGUGGGUGAGUGAAAGAGAACAGAAGGCAUCUCCUUACUCUGCACCCCGGCUGGGCUCUGCGGUGGGCAGGUCCCCACCUUGGCAGGUGUGUGGCAGGAACGUGAGUGUCCAGGGGCACCAACAGCCAGACGCGCAAGCUGGGCAGGUCACUCAGCACCUGUGUUUCAGAUGUGGUUCUGACUAGGUGUGCGCUCGCCUGCAGCUUUGAAGGUGCUUCUGCCCAUCCAGGUUCCUUAAAUUCUUAAAAGGUUGCAUGUGGGGGUUCCCUGCAAACAAGGAAGCUCUGCGCUCAGACUGGAGCAGAGUAGCACGUCCUGCAGCAGCAGUUUGGGACGACUGCUUUUCUUCUCUAGGAGAGGUCUCGGUGCCUCUGUGGUCUCCAGGGACGUGAGUGCUCUCAGUGACAGCAAAGCGCCUUCCUUGUCGCCAGGCAGACACUGGGCUGGGGAGCCGCGAGCUAAUAGGAUUACCAGCCUGGCCUCCAGACAGUGCCACGGUCGGCUGCUGGCUCUUAUUAGCCCCAGCCACACAUCCACGCACAAGUGCAUGAGCUACAGUGGAAGCUGAGUGCAGAGCCAGCUGACCUCGGCAGCCAGUGAGAAAGGAAUCAUGCCUGGGCUGGGCCAGGAGCUACAGUGGCUUGAGGUUGUUCGCCCUGGGUGCCUUUGGAGAGCCCUGCACAUCCCACUGGGACUCCCUUGAGCUAGAACUUUCCUAGAUAGAUGUCAGCAUGGGGAACGCAAGGAGCUGGGCCUGGGGGAGGUUUGAUCUCUUCAAGGUUACUCCAGCACAGCGCCCUCUGGCCCUUGUCCCAAGGGAGCCUGUGACCCUGUAAAGCAGCAGUCCCCUCCCCCACCUCCUGUGCUUUCCUUGUCUGCUUUUUUCUACCAUCACAGAUUUUUACGCCCUGCAGCUGCACCCAUGGGGCUCCGUCUCAGCUCUAGGGCAAGGGAGAAAUAGAGACCUGACCUCGAGCCCCAGUGUCCCGUUCAGGCACUGGUGUAGAUCACAGACCCACCCUCCAUCCUGAUGUUGACCCAGUACCUAGGCAGCCGCCAGGCUCGGCGGAGGACAUCAGUUUCCUGAGGCCGUCCAGCAGAAAGCCAGGAGCUUGGAACCCAGGCUCUGAGGCCACUGAACCAUCCUGCCUUUUGUGGCUGUGUGGUUCUGCCAGGGCCUGAUCUCCAGAGGCUGUUUCCUCAGGGGCCACUUCAUGGGAUGACCUGGGCCAGCUGUGGCUCCGCUGGGUCCCUGAUGUCCUCAGAAUGGGGCGUGUCGGACCUCCUGCUGCUUCCCUCUCUGCCCAGACUCUACCGCUGCAUGAGACUGGCCACGUAGGCCUCCCUAGGGCUGCAGCGAGGUUCCAAAUGGCUGGUUUGCUUAGCGUGCAGAGGGUCCUGGCUGAGACCGGGGAGCCCCGCAGACUGUGCACACGUGGAAGAAGCCUCCUCCAGUCAGAGUCAUGGGACCCACACGACACAGGCCUUUCUCUGGGCCCCAGGCUGUCUGGAGCAGGGGACAUGCGUCCUCUUCUUUCAGACCUCAGCCAGGGCCCUGUUCUGCCGUUUCCCUGAAUGAGGUAGAUCCCCAACCUCCUUAGAUUUGAGGGUCAGUGCUGAGGAAGGAGAGGGUUUACUUCUCCAGGAGAAGGGUGUGCAUUUGGUAGAAGGUUGAAAAGAAAAGGAGACCCCUCCCCGCCUACUUUGGAGAGAGGCCUGUAUCUCCACGUUGAAGCCCCCAAGUCCCAGGGAGUGUGCAAGGAAGACAGGCUAGCACCAGGCAACUGUGACCACAGGCUGGCUUCCAGCCCUGUGCUAAGUGGUGGGCUUGGAUAUUCUCUAGACCAUGUUAGUAUUUAUCAGGACCUGUCCCCAGAGCCAAGAGAUUGGGCCACGUGUGCGUGUCAUCAGAGUGGCCACUUGAUCCCUUCCAGGCAAAAGGUCCCCUCUUCUGCAGGCCCGGGGCUCCCUCGUGAUGAGCAGAGCUGUCACUGGCUACUGUUGCCCAUGGCUGUUUUGCACAUCUUCCUUGCGUUGUGUGCUCUUGUGCGAAUCUCUUGUGUUGCCCAAAUCUCCCCUGCGGCAGGUGUGAGGGUGCAGGGGGUGCACAUUAAUUCUCCUAUUUUCCUGUCAAGAAAACUGAGGCCAGACCCUCUGUCUGAGAGCCCAAGGAAGGAGCCAAGACCCAGCCGCAGGCUGGUGAGCACUGCCCUGCAGCUUCCUGUGCCCGCAGCCUCGGCCAUGAGCCCUCUGGGAUGGCACUUCAGAGGCUAGAGCCCGGGUUUGGUCCCGGUGAGCCUGCAGCCAGAUCGCCAGCGUCGAGUGUAAGUGUGAAAGGGGUAGGCGGCUGUGCACGUGUGCUUGGUCUCAGCUCUCACAGCAGAAUGGGCAUAGAGAGCACCUGAUUGCAACCUUUAAUGUUCAAGAAGAGCAGCUGAGGCCACCCAGAAAGUCCAUGGCCAGCCAGCUUUGAGACGGGAUUGUGUUCUCUGCCAGCUGUCCCCAGGUCCCCUUGGCUGAAUCCUGCAGAUGUCCACGAUUGUCUCCAGAGCAAGUCCCAGGGGUGGGCUGCCUUGCUGACGGGGAGGCCUAGGUUUCUAUGCACAGGAGCCCUGGAGAAGAGCAGGAGGCUGAAUAGUCCACAUUCACCUGUCCCAACCUCUCCCAUCCCAGUGUGUUCCUCAGGCCUUGCCCAAGGCCACUCAGUGAGACAAGAGGACAGGGUAGGUAGACUGCACUGUGAACUCAGGGACAGGGAGCGCUGUUCUAUGGGGCCGAGUAGCCCCUGGGUCCCCUGUGCCAAUCUCCCCAGCUGUUUUUCUGCCAAUAUCUUAGUGAGCCAGAGAACUGGCACUUACCAUUCAAAGCAUUCCCCCGGAAAUGGCGAUCUCCGUGGUCUGACAGAGCUCUGUGAGCUGGUAGGAGGGCACUUCAACCCCAGACCUUGAGGAAAUUGAGUCUCCAGGAAGUGUGAGAGUGAGGCCAGGCUGAGCUAGGGAGCAGAGGAGCAGGAUCAUGAACCCCGGGCUUCUAACCUCAAAGGUUCUGACUCCAACCAGCCUGUGUUCUCAGCUGCUGGCACUUGUGUCCUCCAGGAGACAUUUGGCAAUGUCUAGAGACCAUUUUGGCCGCCAUAACUUAGAGGGGCGCUAGUGACAUCUGCUGGAUGGAGGCCAGGGUUGCUGCUUAACAUCGUAUAAUGCUCGGGCCAGCCCCCGCACGGAGAAUGAUCGGGGCCCCCAAAGCCAGUCAUGCUGAAGUUGGGAAACCCUGCACUAAGUCAUACUAUCUUUGAUUUCAAAAUUAUGGUUUUCCCCAAAGUUUCACUCUUCCUCAUCUGUGAGUCACUGAGUAAAUCAGAGCCCUUCUGAGCAACAGCAGUGAUCAAGGGUUCACACAUUUCCAGUGAAGAGCUAGGAUCUGGAAUUCCUCAUGAGUUGGACUGGACUUUGGAAACCCACCUGAUUCUACUCUCUGGAGGACCCCCAGCCAGAAUGGAGACUGCUCCACAAAGAGAAUGGAUGGAGUGCUGAGGCUGAACUUGCCCCAUAGUGAGGUGUCUUUGGGGGACCUCCAGAGGCAGGUCUCCAUCAGCAUCUCAAGGAGCGCCAUUGUCGGGGAGCUUGGGACAGGGGCGUGGGAGAUGAUAACAGCUGUUGGACAAAUCUGCAUCUUAUUUCUGACCCUUUCCCACCUGCCCCACCCAAGCUGAAUGCGUACUAAGUACUCUUUCUACUAUUUCAACUUUUACAGAAUCCUUAUUCUUGUAACUUGCCCACUGCGUAUACCAACUCUCCAUACUGAGAGAGCCAGAAAUGUUUCUAUGUCUUACUAACAUUUUCAUAAUCAACUUGUAAAAGUAUGCCGUUUCCUUGAUAUGAAAGUAUUUUAACUACUCUCGUAGGCCUUUGCUACUGCAGCACCUGGUUUGACCAUGUGACUACUGGCUUUUCCUACAGUGAAAAAAAAGGCUCCUUCUUAAUGUGGGCCUUCCGUGUGCUCUUUAGACUAAAACUCUGUAACCUCCGGGAUGUCAAAAUGUGGCAGUGAAAUCACUCUUUGUUAACGUUAUUGCUGUGGUUGUCAUUUUCUAUUAUGAUAAUUAAAAAAAGAACAAAGGAAAGCUUUCA